UCAAAUUGCACUUACAUACAUAUAUACAUAUACAUAUACAUAUGAGCUUUGUUAUCAAAUAUAUGGAGAAUAUCCAUAAAUUAUAUCCAUAGUCGCUUGCGCGUUGAAAAUAUGAGAAUCUGUAAGCGUACAUUGAAAUUAGCAUAAUUUUUCUCAUUUAACACUGAAAAUGCUCAAUUCUGCUAUUUUCGACGCUCCUGUUAUAUAUUGGUGAAAUCCGCUUAUAGAAACGAGUACCCCUCCUUUUGUGGUGAAAUCCACUAAUAGAAACGAGUACCCCUCCAAAAAAUGAAAUGUAGUAGAACAGUGCUGCCCGUGAACCUUCUCUAUAUUAUACGUUCUCUGUAUGAUGUUAAAGGGGAGAUUUCGACUCAAUAAUUACCUGAUAAUAACACUUAAAUUUUAUAAUGAUCUUUCGCUUUUCAGAUGUCUUCCAAGUUUUACUACUUUGGUUUUGGCAGUAAUCUUCUAGCCAAGAGAAUACAUAUACAAAAUCCAACGGCGGUGCGCAUAGGACCUGGGAAGCUGGAAAAUUACCAACUUGAUUUCUAUACGAGUUCCCGCACUUGGUAUGGCGCGCCCGCGACCAUAGUACCCAAAGCGAACUCCUGUGUUUUUGGCGCCAUUUGGGAGAUUGAUAACAGCAAUUUAAAAGAUUUAGAUGAUCAAGAGGGUGUCUCCUAUGGCAUUUAUGUGCCGAUCACAGUGCCGGUACUGGAGCUUAACAGCGGCAAGUUGAUAGAGUGUCGCGCCUAUCAUUUAACAAACCAACCAACGGGUGAUGUGCGAUGCCUGAAACCCGAAGAGAUACCCUACGAUCGUCAGCCAUCGAAAACAUAUAUGAAAACUAUUGUGAAAGGUGCUUUGGAGACAUGUCUGCCAGCGGAGUAUGUGCAGUGGCUACGUACCAUCAAACAUAACGGCAAGAUGGUCGAUGCGUUGGAGAAGAAAUUGGAAUUGCAAGAUGUGAACUUGUAAGCGUGGUUGAGAAAUUUUUCCCAAAUCAUAAAACGGAGAAAGACACUUAAAGCAUUUAAAUAGGAACCUAGAAGUUCUUAUUGAUCGGUUUCUACAAGUCAGUAGCAUUGGAAAAAGUUAUGAAAUGUAUAAUAAAAAAGAUUAAUAACAACAUUGUUUGUA